AUGGAUAUGAUUAUGCCAUCAUCACCAUCUGUUGAUGCAGCACGUGAUCUUAAAUAUUGCCCAACAGACGAACAACAAUCAACGACGCCCCAAGCAGCUCCACGCAUAGCAGCUCCAAAAUAUCCACCGCGCCCAAAGCCACGAUCAGUGUUACCGCCAACAACAAGCACAUCAAAAGCCACAAAAUUAGAAGACAUUUGUAAGAAAAUUGAUGAAGAAGAUUCGUCAUCAUCGUCAUCAAUCGUCACUAAUUCAUCGCUACCAUCGAGAAGACUGAUAAAAGCUGAUUUUUCAUUGUUUAAGGAUGAUGAAACGUCGUCAACAGCAUCUGAAGACGCGCAAUCGUGUAGGCCGGAAAGCAGCGGCGAUGAAAGCGUGACAUAUCGUAGAAACAAUAACGAAAAUAACCAAAACAAUAUCAACACAAUCUUGAGACGAACAAGAAACAAGAUAACGCACGAUGAGUAUCAUCGAUUUUGCGACAAAACUCUUGAAACUUAUGAUUUAGCGACACAAUGCGAGUCACGACGCGCAUCAAUUCGUCGUCAUACAAUUGUUGGUUGUCAAAAUUUUAAGAUGGGUGAAAGUCAAUCAGUUCCACCAUCUCGACCAAAUUCACGACAAUCAACUGAACAAUCAAAGCCACCACAACCAGUGUUAGUAUCUUCACAAGUGAAGGCUCCAACACCACAAAUAAAUCAAGCGACAAAUUUAAAUUCAAUGGAUCAAUGGUCGAAGAACUCUUUAGACGAACAUCAAUGGCGUGAUAAGCUUGAAUCCGAUCGAUUAUCGUUAACACUUGAAGAAAUUGUUCACAUUCGUUCAGUGAUUACAAAAGCGGAACUUGAAAGUCUUCCAGUCGGAAUACAUAUUAAAGAAGACGUCGAGAAACGUAAAUUGUGUUUUCUUUGCUUACGCACAAAGUUCGGUCUUCUAAGUUCACGUGGAAUUCCUUGCAAGUUAUGUCAACGUACUGUCUGUGCUAAAUGCUACACAAAAAUGCGAAUACCAAUCGAACAUUUUAGUAACGUACCAGUUCAACUCUUGUCACCAUCGCUGCAAAGCAGCCCAACAAUUUCGAAUGCACCGUCACCAAAUCAUCAUGGUGGAAUGGAUGAAUCAUUUCCACGUUCACUCAUGGAGCGAUUACUUCGAACUGAUGUCGAUCGAAAGUCUCGUAAUACUGUCGGCUCUGCACCAUCAUCACCAAAAAAUCAAAGAUCAACAUCGAGCACACCUGGCUCUAGUCAACCAAAUUCAUUGUGCACAAUCAACAAUGGCGUAUCAUCAUCAAAUACAAUGACAACCUCACAAUUGAGUGCCAAAGACAACCAGAUUUCACUUCGUAAUUCAAUCAUGUCAAGAAGUAUGGAAGGACCGAGAAGCUUACCACCUCAAAGUCCAGCAAAAACUCAUUCGAAUUGCAGUACAUUGGAUCGAAGAAGUGGCUUUAAAAAAGCUUUCACUUUAAUGCAACAGCAACAAUGUGAACAGAAAGAAUGUCUUCGUGGUGAACUCAUGGCGGUGUGCAAUGAUUGUCGUGGUCUUGUCCUUAACAUCAUUCGCUAUUCACGUCAAACACGUUCAUCAGCUAGAAACCACGCACUGAAAAAUCUUACAUUGGACCUUAGUCCAGUUUAUAAGCGAUGAGAUCGACGACGCACUGUAAAAUAUCAUGUGAUGACAAUUUGGAUGUGUAAGAAUCGUUAAUUAAAUUAUCUAAUGGGCAAAAACAAAAUUCGACUGAACAAAUUUUUUAUGAUUUUCUUUUAUUUUACUUUGUUUUUCUUAUUCUUUUUCCAAAUUUUCAUCUUUCAUGUAGAAAUUUAUUCUUAAUGAGAAGAAAUUUUUGUUUUGUUCAGAAUUCGACGUCAAAGUUUUCUUUCUCGAAUUGUAAAUUCUUCUUCUCUUCUUUUGGAUUAUAAUCUGUAAAAAAAAUGUAAAUGCAAUAUUUUUCCAAACAACAUUGAAAGGAAGGAAAAUUUUAUCAAAACGUUUUUUUUGCCUUGUAAGAAUCGAUGGGAAGAAGAAAACAAAAUUUGAUGUGCAUGGGAGGAAAGUGAAGAUGAGAAAAUAACUGAAGAAAGUUUAUGUAAAUAUUUCUGUUUUUAUAUAUUUAUCGUCAAAGAAUUUAAAAAUAAAAGCUUUUAUCUUAAGAAAUCUUCACCUUUUCCUUCGCUUCACCUUCAUUAAUUUUCCAACUUUUCCCGUCGAUUCGUAAAUUUCAAUAAACAUUUAAUUUUUGUAAUUUAUUAUUGAAAUGAAAUGAAGAGAAAAAAUACGAUGAAAAUUCUUCCAUUAUAAAAAGAGAAAGAAUAUCAGGAAAAUGAAAAUAAUAAUAAUAAUAAAUUAAUUAACAAAUUCAGCUUUGAAAGCUUAUGUUGGAAAUUGGAAAAAUAAGACUUGUUGGAACAAUUUCUUUUUGAAAACGACAUGCACGCAUCAGCUGCUUUCAGCUAAAUGGCCUUGAAUAAAAGAUGUAGCGUGGGACAUUGACAGAGAGUUCUUUCUAUUUUUAUCAAUAUUCCAAUUGUUGUUA